AUGUCAACAAAUCAAAUAGAUCAGUUAAUACUAUUUCAACGUCUACUAAUUAUAUUUGGUUCAAUAUGUUUUCUUUGGUUAAUUAUUGGUAUUAUCUUCCUGUCUAUCGAGACAUAUCGAUAUUUGAAAAAGAAAUCUAGUAAAAAGCUCUCCACUAUUCAUACUCUACCAUUAAAUCUACCGUCGACAAUAUUUUUAAAUUCGAAGCGAACAUCGGCUGCAGAUUAUACAUCUGAGAAUGAAAUCAACGAUGACGACGAUGGCUUGGAUGAUCAAACAAGUAUUAUGACUUCAGUAUCCUUUAUUUCCGAAAAACCUAGCAUGAAUCAUGAACAUCCAUAUUAUAUUUCCUCAUGUCAACGAAUAUCAGAAGAGCAACUUGCAUUAGCAUUUCCAUCUCCAACAGGGACUUCUAGUUUAGCCUAUAGUUCAUCAACGUUAUCGUCAUCUAUUGACAAUGAUCGACCGUUAUACUACUAUUCAGCCUACCGAAACUUUGCUUAUUCUCAGUCAUCGUUGGCGUCAACGAAUGAGAAUUUCGAUCACAAAAUGUCAACACGUUCAGUAGCCGUUCCCUCAAUGAACUCAACGCCUUCAACUCAUCAAUUGAAUUUCGAACGUCAAUCAUCUACAAAUACAAUCAUGAGUCAACUGACACAUGAAACAUGUUUAUCACCAGCAAAGUCGCCAAUGAAAACGAUUCCAUUACCAACAAAGAAUUCGAACCAGAAAAAGACUGGUACCGUACUAGAUCUCAGUUAA